AUGGAGAAGGUCAUGCAAGCUCUGAACCUGGGGGGUAAGGAUGCCCCGCAGGAACCAACACCCCAGGAGCUGUCCGAGCUCAAGCAGAAGUACACCCUCGCCGGGCAGAGCCAGGUGUUUACUUUCUACGACUCCCUGUCCAGCGCCGAGAAGGCGUCACUAUUUCAGCAACUGUCACUCUUCGACCCCACGUACAUCAACGAGAUUGACGCCAAAGCCCGUUCCCCUCCCAAGACCGAAGAUGGCGGGGUCGCCAAACCCUCGCUCGAGCCCCUCCCAGACUCGGCCCGCGCCAGUAUCAUGGACUCCAAGAAGGAGGACAUUGAUCGCUGGUAUGCCCAGGGCCUCGACCUGAUCGCCGCGAACAAGGUCGGUGUCGUGCUCAUGGCUGGUGGCCAGGGCACACGGCUGGGCAGCUCCGCACCCAAGGGCUGCUUCGAUAUUGGCCUUCCUUCCCACAAGUCCCUAUUCCAGAUCCAGGCCGAACGCAUUCGCAAGGUCGAGGAGCUCGCCGCCAAGAAGGCUGGCACUGGCGGCAACGUCACUGUUCCCUGGUACGUCAUGACGUCCGGGCCGACCCGCGGGCCUACCGAGGCGUACUUCAAGGAGCACAAGUACUUCGGCCUGAAGCCUGAGAACGUCGUCAUCUUUGAGCAGGGCGUCCUCCCCUGUAUCUCGAACGAAGGCAAGAUCCUGCUCGAAAGCAAGGGCAAGGUGGCCGUGGCACCCGACGGCAACGGUGGUAUCUACAACGCCUUGGUCGAGUCCAAGGUGCUGGAUGAUAUGAAGAAGCGGGGCAUUGAGCACAUCCACGCCUACUGCGUGGACAACUGCCUCGUCAAGGUGGCCGACCCCGUCUUCAUUGGUUUCUCUGCCUCGGCGAACGUCGACAUCGCUACCAAGGUCGUGCGCAAGCGCAACGCCACCGAGAGCGUCGGCCUUAUCGUUUGCAAGAACGGCAAGCCUGAUGUUGUCGAAUACAGCGAGAUUGACCCGGCCGUCGCUGCCGAGGAGGACCCCAAGCAGCCCGGCGUGCUCAAGUUCCGCUCUGCCAACAUCGUCAACCACUACUACUCGUUCCGCUUCCUCGAGACCAUCCCGGAGUGGGCCAAGACGCUGCCGCACCACGUCGCCCGCAAGAAGAUCCCCUAUGCCGACCUCGAGACUGGCGAGACGGUCAAGCCCACCAAGCCCAACGGCAUCAAGCUGGAGCAGUUUGUCUUUGACGUCUUCCCCAUGCUGGACAUGAGCAAGUUCGCCUGCUUGGAGGUGCGCCGUGAGGACGAGUUCAGCCCGCUCAAGAACGCGAGCGGCACUGGCGAGGACGACCCCGAGACGAGCAAGUACGACAUCAUGGCCCAGGGCAGGCGCUGGUUGGAGGCCGUGAGCGGCGUCACUAUUGUCAGCGAUGACUUCAAGGCUGGGAUCGAAGUGAGCCCGUUGAGGAGCUAUGGUGGCGAAGGUCUCGAGAACGCUGUUUCCAAGGACAAAACCAAGACUUUUGUAGCCCCUGCCGUCUUGGAGGUGGAAUAA